UUCUAGGGACUCAUAACCAUAUUAAAUUUAUUUACUUUUUUAAUAGGAAAGAAAAUGGCUUUUGAAAACUUUGCAGUGGGAAUUUUUCUCUUCUCCCAGAUUACUGUGGGAAUGCUUGGAAAUUCUUUAAUACUAUUUUAUUAUAUCACUGUGAUAACAACUGGAAAGCCCUUAAUGCCCAAAGACCUGAUUAUAGAGCAUUUGACUUUUGCCAACUGCUUGUCUGUCAUCUCAAAAGGCAUUCCACAGACACUAUCAGAUUAUGGAUUUAAAGAUUUCCUGGAUGAUAUUGCAUGUAAGUUAAUAAACUUUAUUUACCGAAUAACAAGGGGAAUGUCCUUGUAUUCUAUGUGCCUACUGAGUUGCUUCCAAGCAAUCACAAUCAGCCCCAGAAACUCCAGAUGGAUGAUACUUAAACGUAGAGCUACUAAGUACAUUGGUCCUUCCUGCUCAGUGGGCUGGCUUGUGCAUCUCUUUCUAAACAUCAUGACUCCAGUAAGAGUGUCUGGUCCCAGAUACAACAAAAAUGUGACUAUGAUUAUGGAUUAUGAAUACUGCUCAUGGUUUGCUCAUGGAAAUGUAGGAACUGCACUAUAUAUGUUCUUACUGUCCUCCUCUGAUGUCUUGUGUCUGGGGCUCAUGGCCUGCUCAAGUGUCUCCAUGGUGACUAUCCUUUAUAGACAUAAGAAACAAGUUAAGCAUAUCCACAGUUCUCAGCACAUUUUAAAUGCCUCACCUGAAAACAGAGCUACCCUAACUAUCCUCAUCCUGGUGUGUACUUUUGUCAUCUCUUACUCAUUCUCCUCCAUUGUGACUGUCUUUACAUCUUACUCCAAACAUCAAAUGCUAUUGGGAGUAAGUGUAUUUACAUUUCUAGAAAUAGGCUUUCCAAUAUUUUGCCCCUUUGUUCUCAUCACCAAUAUCAAGCCUGGUUUUAACCUCUUUUUAUCCUGCUUUUGUAAGAGGUAG